AUGGUUGUACCUGCCUGUUUCAUCUCGAUCCCGCAUGCCAAGCGUGAAGAUGACGAUUUUUGGAUUCAGGAUGAAGAUAGUCAUGGACAAGCGUUACACACGGCCGUUCCUGCUGCUGCGCUACUAUUUCCUCAGCAGUGGAUUUGUCCUAAACAUUAUGUUUUCUUCUACGACUUCAAAGAGGCCAUUCAGAAAUCGAUACCCUACACAAGAUUCUCACCUCAAAUUCCACAUCCAAUACCAAAUCAUCGCCUCUAUUUGUCUUCAGACACGCACACGCAUACAAUCAUGGAGUGCAAAGCUAAUCAGUUGGCUCAGUUAGCAAGCUGGUUACAGUACGCGAGUGUUCAGCGACAAAAGUCGACCCUACAUCCAGCUGCUGUCGGUCGAAAACUGCCGUUAUCUGCACGCAAAUAUCAACUAGCUCUCAUGGGGAAGACUCCACAUGUUGGCAUUAUCGGAGCCGGUGUAUCUGGUCUAAGAUGCGCUGAUAUUCUCGCUCAAAAUGGUGCAAAAGUGACCAUCCUGGAAGCGAGGAAUCGUAUUGGCGGAAGGAUAACACAAGUUGAAGUUGGUGGACAUCUGGUGGAUUUAGGCGCAAACUGGAUCCACGGAACAGAAGGCAACCCAAUUGAUCAAAUCAGCAGGAUAUCAAAUACGACCACCUGUGAAUGGGAUGGCCGUGAGACGAUAUAUGAUACAAAUGGAAAGUUACUCGAUGAAGCUACAACCAUGAAGUUGGCCGAGUGGAUGUGGACUACCGUUGAUGAAGGAUUUGUAUUCAGCACCAAGAACAAGGACUCGAUACCCCCCAGUAUGAGUUUGUACGACUAUUGCUGUAAGCAGCUCGAGAAGACGAAUUUUACUGAGGAGGAAAAAGCCGCUUGCAAGGAAUUCUCCAAGUUUUGGGGUGCCUAUGUCGGAGAGCCUGUUGAACGACAGAGCAUGAAAUUCUUCUGUUUAGAAGAAUGCAUUGAAGGGACAAAUCUGUUCGUGGCGUCCACAUACAAGAACAUUCUCGAACACAUCUCAAAGUCAGCGUUGAAACAUGCGGAUCUCCAAUUAAACUCGCCGGUCGUCCAAAUACACGCAGCCAACAGAGAUACCAGCAAAGACCGUCACAUCACCAUUGUGACAGAAGGUGGGAAAAGUUAUCAAUUCGACGAUGUCAUCGUCACAUGUCCUCUAGGCUGGCUGAAGAAGAACAAGUCUGUUUUCAAUCCGUCGUUACCGUUACGUUUAUCGUCUGCUAUCGACAAUAUAUCAUAUGGACGACUCGAAAAGAUCUACGUAACUUUCCCACGUGCCUUUUGGCAUAUGCCUACAGAGCACAAGUCGGCAAGUGGUACCGGAAUCACAGUUGCCAAUGGCCCCAAUUUUGUGCCCGAUAGUGAUAGUGACAAGUAUCCACCGGCCUUUACGCAGUGGCUUGAACCGACCUAUGUUGAAGCCCCUUCAAAGGAAGGAAGCUGGAACAUGCAAUGCGUUUCAUUGGCAGCACUUCCGCCAAAUUGUGCUCAUCCAACACUCCUAUUUUAUAUCUACGGGCCCUGUUCCGACUACGUUGUUAACAAAAUCAAAGACAUGGAUGAAUCUUCACCUGAGUACUACAAGUUCCUCGAUUCCUUUGUCCGGCCAUUCUAUUCCUCUCUUCCUGGGUAUUCCGCCUCGUCCGAGUUGUGUAAGCCUGCUGCGUUCCAGGCAUCUAAAUGGAUAUCCGACGAUUAUGCCGGCAAUGGUUCCUACGCAAAUUUCCAGGUGGGGUUGGAAGCCGGCGACAAAGACAUUGAAGCGAUGAGACUUGGUAUGGGCCCCGAUCGUGGAGUGUGGUUCGCUGGCGAGCAUACUGCGCCAUUUGUCGGAUUGGGUACGACGACUGGCGCUUACUGGAGUGGUGAACGCGCCGCCGGGCAAAUAUGCGAUCUGUACAGUCUAGGUCAAUUGGGCCUAGGGGUCAGGAAAGACGAUUCAUUGCCUACAGGGACCCCUGGUGUGAUGACCGGUAACACCAUGUUCCAUAAGGGAAACACAACAGCACUCCGGGCCACUGCAGUCUUGGCGAGUGCAGUACAAGGUCAGUGA